CAGCUGUUUUUCUCUAUUCCAGAACUGUAGCAAGAUCAUGGGAAGGGGGCGGAAUACUGGAACUGCACUUAAAAAAACUUUUUGUAAUCGUCAUUUUCUUAAGACUUUAUGAAAUAUGCAUGUGCCAAACUCUUAAAACUGUCCACUUGUAGUUUAUAUGUAAGCUUUGUGCAUAGAGUUUUAGAUUAAUAUUUUUUUACAUCAAGACUUGAACUUGAGACUUGGUUUAACCCACAAAAGUACAGUUUCUGGUUUUGUUUAUUGACCGACGUUUCCUUCUAACUACCCGAAUAACAUGAGGAUUUCAACCGAAGAGAUUUAUUUGAACCAGGGAGACGGGGAGACAACACCGUUCGUGGAAUAAGUACAGUUUGCGUUUCUAUUUACCGAAGUUUAUGGAUUAUCUACUUUAAAGUAAACUCGGUACGCUUCGUUCUGUAACCGUCUGACGUGGGGGACCGUAGAGGUCUGUAUGCACGAGCAGAGAUGGCCACGGAGUGUUCGGAACCUCGUUGUACUACAGUAAACACAACGACUCAUGUUUUUGUGUAAACCAAAGCGUAGGUUACAGCGCUAUAAAUACAAAUCGUCACAUAUCACUCGCAGCUGGUCUGCGAGUAAAAAAGAUAGGAAGAGCUUAAACUUAAAGUUACCCAAAGACUAAACCUCAAACACUCAAGUGAUCCUUAAAAUUAUACAGCCAUUUAAACGUUGCCAGAUCUAUAUCCCCGUUAUGGACUCAGGUGAAAGUUAACAAAGUUACCGGUGGGCACUCAAGAGGAGCAGUUAUGUUCCAAGUGCUCCUACUGUAUUUUAAGGUACAUGGUAAAAGCACUUUUAAAAAUUAUACACAACUCCCCUAAAGGCCUCCUAUCACAACACCAAUAACGUCAAAGGGAUUCAGGCUUAAACCUGACGGUGACUUAUGAAAAUGGUUGAGAACCGGUGUUCUGUGCAGAAGGAGGAGGUGUACCGUUGGUUCUCGGUCCUGAGCUCAUCUCAGAGAGCAGAGUUCCUCUGCGGCCUCCUGGAUCUCUGCGUCCCCAUCGAGCUGCGUUUUCUGGGCUCCUGCCUGGAGGACCUGGCCCGAAAGGACUACAACUCCCUCCGCGACGCGGAGAUCAAAGCCAACAACCCCGCUGACCUCUCCGGUCUCACCAACGUCACAGACGAGGUGGUGAGGAGCAAACUCCUGGUGUCCCUGGCUCUGCUCGGCUCCGACAACCGCGAGGCGGCUGGGGUGCUGUUCCGGACGCUCACGCACAUCGACGCCGUCAUCAGUAACUACGGGCUGCAGCUAAACGACGGUCAGACGGAGCAGCAGUUCCUCCUACUCUUCACCAUGGCCUCCAACCACCCCGCCUUCAGCUUCCAUCAGAAGCUGGUGCUCAGGCAGGAACUGAGCCACGUCCAGGAGAUGCUGCAGAGCAGCUGUGCUGGGGAGGCUCCGGGAGGAGGGGGGGGGACCAGAGGCCUGGCCUCUCCAACCCCCCUGCCCUGCCCCAUCCCUGCUGCCUCCCCCUGCCUGCUGAAGAAGGGACUCUGCCUCAAGAACCAGCAGCUAGGAGAGAUCUUGGCAGGCCCAGGCCCAUGCCCAAGCCCAGGGGUUGGUGAGGAGGGCAGACCAGGAGACCAGGAGGGGGGGCCAGAGCCUAUAUCUCUCCCCUCUUCAGUGUCACCUUCACAGGCACCUGGCAUACUGCACCUGGGAAAGCCAGGCAGAGUGAAUGUAGAGAGGAUUGAGAUGAAAGGCGUCACCUACAAAACUGACAAACUCAGUGAAUAUGUGUUGGAGGUGAGCUGGUCUGACUACUCCACAACCACAGUGGUGAGGAAGCACCAGGAACUGAUGGAUCUCCUCUCUCAGGUGUCCCAGGUGUGCCCAGAUGAAGGCCUGGACAAGCUCCUCCCCAAGUCACCUGGCCUGGACAAGCUCCUCCCCAAGUCACCUUGCCUUGACUCCGCCCCCGAAUUGGACAGGUGGCUCACUUCCCUUCCACCUCACAUCCUCAAACACCAGCAGGUCACACUCUUCUUCAGCUCAGCCCCCCCGGGCCCCCCGGCCCCCCCUACCGUUCCGUUCCCCCACAGUGCAAGUCUGGGCUGCUCUCAUCUCUGCUGUUCCUCUUCUGCAGGUCUGGGCUGCCUGCUGCAAUACAGAGGGACCAACAGGGCUGUUUGUGGAGUGGCCAGUAUCCAGCCAGUCAUGAGUGUCCACAGCUCCAUGCAGCCUCAUUCCCCUCCCCACCUGCCCCACCUCUGCCACCUGCCCCCUCACCUCCCCCCUCAGCUGCCCCCCCAGGGCCCCCUGGUGGGCCCCCACCCUGCAGGAGGAGAAACUGCAGUGCCCCCCCUUGGAUGUCUCCAAAGCGCCACCCUGGCCCCUCCCACAAGCCCGGAGCAGAGUGGCAUCUUGGAAUGGCUACGCAAGCUCCGCCUCCACAAGUACUACCCCGUCUUCAAGCAGCUGACCAUGGAGGAGUUCUUAGGUCUGACUGAAGAGGAUCUGAAUAAGUAUGACCUCACACAAGGAGCCAAGAAGAAGCUGAAGACCCAGCUGGAGCUGCAGAACAGGGAGAAAAUGGAGAAGAAGUACAUGGUGUCACAGUUUCCAGUGUCCUGUAGUGGGAUCGCCAGGGUAACCCCCUCCAGCCACAUAGGCCCCAUUGCACACCUACAACCUGCCAACACAGAGUUGCGUGUGGAUGUAGACCAAGGGUCUUCCCUAAACAGAGACAGCAGCUCCUCUUCUGGGUACUCCAGCGCCCCCUGCAGUCCCCGAGACGCGGCGUUCGACAGGCCCAAGGACACACACAGACGUAUGGAGUUGGGUCUGGACCUACCUGGAGUAGACAGGACUUGUGUCCUCCUCAGUCCCAGCCUUCCAGCCGGCUCCAGCAGACCCACAGCUCAGGUCCUCCCAGUCCAGAAUGACCCUACGUCCUGUCUCUCUCCCCCCUCCCAGCCUCCCGUCUCUCUGCCCCUGGUCUCCCCAGCCCCAGGCCGGGUACAGACCUCCCCACGGAAACCCCGGCCCCCUCCCCUGGGGCCUGGGGUGAGGCUGGAGUGCCUGUUCUCAGGCCUGGGCUUGGAAAGCCCACCUCCUGGGCUCCAGGACCCCCACGGCCCCAGAGGCCCAUCUGCACCCAGCUCCCUGUGCUCCCUUUCUGGGUUGGUGGUGGAGACCAGCAACUCCCUCACCUCCACCUCCAACACCCUCCACCAUGUGUCCCACCCUCCUCUCUCACUGCAGGUGUCCUCCUCCCUCCCUCUUAGAACCACGGGACACUACCCCUACCCCACCUGCCCCUCAGUGCCUUCCUCCUCCUCCUCCAUGUCAACUUUCCCAUCAGGCAGCGUGGCGUGUAGCAGCAACGGCAUUCCUGUGGCAACGGCGAGCAGUGUUCCCAUGGCAACGGUGGUGCCCGGACACACCUACAGCGUGACCAGCGUAGCGGCUGCGGUCCCGCCUAGCUCAAGCCCCUCCCCCCCAGAGGUCUGUUACGCCAUCGCCCCUGGCUCCUCCCCCUCUUCCUCCUCCUCCUCCCCCUGUUCCUCCGUCUGUGUGUGCAGCUCCUGUGGUUGCCGGGGGAACUGCGGUUCGUACGGGCCCCUCCCAGCCAACUACGCCGGCUACUUCCAGCAUCCGUUCUCUGGGACGUCCGUGUUCACUCUGGGGCCCUUGUUCCACCUCAGCCCCCUGCUGGCCACCGCCAGUACUGCAGGAGCCUUCUCCUACCCUCUGGUGGCACCGCCUCUCUACAACAGCAGCAUGUCACAUGACCCACAGCAGCCGCAGGGCUUGGUCCUGCCACCCAUGCAGGGCUUCCUGGGGGGCGGGGGUAAUGUGUACCAGCCGCAUGGCUUGCUGGGUAACGGAGUCGGGCACAAGCGGUCAGGGAACGCAUCGUGCUACAACUGCGGGGCAAGUGGUCAUCGAGCCCAGGAAUGCAAACAGCCUCCCAUGGAUUCACUACAGCAAGGGAUCUUCAGGCUGAAGUACACUCCCCACCCUGACAGCCAGGACUCUGGAGACUAACGCAGCACACAUCAAGGGCCUAGAACAUGCAACCUCCUGGUACUUCACAGCACAUAUCAUGGGCCUAGAACAUGCAACCUCCUGGUACUUCACAGCACACAUCAUGGGCCUAGAACAUGCAACCUCCUGGUACUUCACAGCACACAUCAUGGGCCUAGAACAUGCAACCUCCUGGUACUUCACAGCACACAUCAUGGGCCUAGAACAUGCAACCUCCUGGUACUUCACAGCACACAUCAUGGGCCUAGAUAAUGCAACCUCCUGGUACUUCACAGCACACAUCAUGGAGCUAGUACAUGCAACCUUCUGGACUACCUUCAAUGCACUACAGACAACCAAUACAAACUUUCUAACCUUGGACAUGGACUUAAUCUGGUAAUCAUCUGAAUCAGAAUAUUUAAAAUGUGACAGUCAGGAAGGUGAAGGGUCAAUGAAUCAGAAUCAGAAAGAGUUUUAAUCGCCAUGAAAGUUUGCACAGACAAGGGCCGGGUUUCCCAGAUUUGUUA